ACACUCUCAUGUCAUGGCCUGCGAAUUCCCCCUUUGAACCCCCCAUUUUAUCAUCAGAUGGAAUCAAUUGGCCCGGAUUGUGACAAUAUUAUGGAGCAUACAUCUAAUGGGAAGCUAAUUCCUCCAAGUUCUCCAGAUAUAAACAACAUAGUUGGAGCCCCAAAGUUCAAUCCUCGAAUUGGUCAUGAAUACCAGGUGGAAGUUCCAUCCAUGAUAAAAGAUUCAGAACUGCUUCAACUUCUAAUAAAUCGCACUGAUUCAGAACUUGUACACAAUGAAGUGGAGGAUAAUGAACACGAAGGGUGGAAAUAUCUUGGAGACAACAAUGGUGCAGUCGAUGUAACUGUACCUGCAGCAGCAGCAGCUAAUUUGAAAAACAAUGUAAUAUCGGAUAAUGGAAAAGAAUUGAGACCAACCAUUUCUCAAUCUGUGAUGACAGGAGCUCAACUCAAUGAAACAAAAAAUUGUCCAAUGGCCUGUGGCACAUUGAAUGACUCAUGGAGUGAUGCUGAUGUACAAAGUUUUCUUCUUGGUUUGUUUAUCUUUGGGAAGAAUUUUAUUCAGAUAAAAAGAUUUUUAGAGAACAAAGGGAUGGGAGAAAUACUGUUGUUUUACUAUGGGAAGUUUUAUAAGUCUGAUGAAUAUCGUAGAUGGUCAGCCUGCAAGAAAAUGAAAGGGAGAAAAUGUAUAUCAGGACGCAAACUUUUUUCUGGUCGGAAGCAACGUGAACUAUUGUCUCGCUUAAUUCUCCGUGUUUCAGAAGAAUUCAAAGAUGCUUUGCAACAGGUUUCCAAGUCAUAUUCAGAGGGGAGAACUUCCCUAGAAGAAUAUGUCUCUUCUUUGAAAUCUAUCGUUGGACUUGGUGCUCUUGUGGAAGCUGUAGGUAUUGGUAAGGGAAAGGAAGAUCUUACCAGCCCUGCUGUGGAACAUGGGAAGAAAACCCCGGUGUUUUCAAUACCAGCUAGCAAAGCUUGGUCUGCUCUUGGUCCCAAUGAUAUAAUUAAACAUUUGGCUGGAGGAAAUCGACUGAGCAAAGCCAAAAGUAAUGAUCUCUUCAGGGAAGCUGUUUGGCCUCGCUUACUGGCAAGAGGUUGGCACUCAGAGAAACUAGAGAAUCAAGGCUCCUCCAAAAAAUUUGUGGUCUUUCUUAUCCCUGGUAUUAAGAAGUUUUCAAGGAGAAAACUUGUGAAAGGUGAUCAUUACUUUGAUUCUGUCAGUGAUGUCUUGAGCAAAGUGAUAGCUGAUCCAAAUCUUCUUAAGCUUGAAGAUGAAGCAACUAAAGUUGGUGGCUGCAAUGAGGAAGAAGCAGAAAAGGAAUCCAACGGGGAUGUUCAACCUGAUAACCAUCACCAUUGUUUCCUCAAACACCAAGCUUCUACCAGAAAUUCAGACCAUAGGAAGUGUACAGUUGUUGAUACCAGUUUGAUGCCCAGGGGGAAGUCAUCUGAUUUAAGGGAAUUGAAAUCUUUACCUGAUAAAUCGGAAGGUAAAGUUGAGGUAGAUGCUGAUGAUUUAGCAUACAAUAAAGGGAACAAACAUGUUAGUAAAACAAACCACAGGAAAUGUAAGCUUGAUGGCAUUUCACCAAGUGGGACAGAAGCUGCUAUAAUACACAGCAAAAAAAAUAGUAGCAAUGCUGAUUGCAAACACAAUGGAAAUGCUACUGGCCGAAAAGAAGUGAACGUUAACCCUGAUAAUAAUGAUGCAAACAAGAUGGCAGAAAACCGUGAAAAUCAGAAGACCAUUGUGUCUGAUGGUAAUCAAGCAAAGAUAACCAUAAUGCAUCAAUGUAGUCAAAAAGCAAGAUCACGUAGUCGAAAAGCAAGAUCAGGCCAUUCAGAUCUUGCAGUUCCUCCCUUCAAACGAAGGAGACUCACUGCUUGUGCUAAGGCUGAGUCCAGCCGCAUUCUUGAGGAUUCCUCAGGAGGGUUAGGAUCAGAAAAACCGGGACUCUCUCGGUCAUCUUGCUUUCCAGAUGCCAAUGAGAAAGCCAGUAGUCCACUCAGUCAUCAGCAGAAUGUGACUUUAACUUCUUCAGCUGAAGGAAGUGUGGAAUUGAAAAACAAAGGUAGAAUUUUGGAUGGAGUCUGUCUUGACAAGGGUAUUUCUUGUGACAAAGUAGAGAAUUGUGAAUCACAACAUUCCAAAUCCACCAACUUCAAUGCAUCUCAGGUUCCACUGAAGUCUGAAGAUGAUGAGUUGAUGGCAACGGCGGAGGAAGAUGGGCAAGGCCUAAAGCCAAAUGAUAUAAUUCCAAGGAGGAAGAGCACAAGAAAUAGACCAUUGACAGUUAGAGCAUUGGAAUCUUUGGCAAAUGAAUUCUUGCAUGCACAAAAGAAACCAAAAAGAAAAGACACCCUGAUACUUGCAGACUCAUUCAGUACAUGCUGCCGCAGGGCUCGCACCAAAGGUCUAAAGAAUGUUGCAUAUUCAUAGCACAGCUCAAGGGACUCCAGACUCAAUAGAAGUACAGCAUUUGAAUGGAGAUUCUAGAGUCAUUGAUAGUAUUAGCAAGCCUUUAGAUUAUAUUAAAUCGUAGUGGUCUUUUUUACUAGGAGUUUCCGAAGCUACCUGUCAUAUAAUGAGGUUUUGAGUUUUGGAAACUAUUGCUUUUUUUGUCUG